AUGGACACAGCCAUCUUCUUCCAGCCGCUCACAGCCAUCGUGGAGAUGGUGUGGUGUGCAAGGGAAGUCGGAUGCACAUGGGUUGAGGCACUCGUGUGUGCGAUCAUGCUCCUUGGACUGGGAGUGGUCAUCGUGCACAUGCUGACGUGGCAGCGACGUGUGGCCCUCGCCUUGAUCGCCACACAACAGAAGGUGGAUGCAACAGCAGAGACCCUACAAAGUCUGUGUGACGAUCUACAUGGCCGCCCAGCAUCCACGUCUUCCUCACCAAGGGCCUUGGAUACCUCACCGUGGGAUUUCCUGAGGACGGAGUUGGAUGUUCUCAAGAAGCAGCAUAUGGACGUUCUGUCCAGCAUCGGGACCAUCCACGGUGUGGCCAAGGAGCUCACAGAGAUUCACAAGGCGGUUUCAAACAUACUGACGGCAACAAAGAUGGAUGAGGCCAUGAAGACUCAGUACGAGAAUCUGUCGAAGCUGUCAGUGGGCACCACGUCCUCCUUGAAGACUCUGCUCGCAAGCCAUGCCAAAGCCUCUGAUGAAGCUGCUAAGACAACCCUGCAGCAGACUCAGACAACCCUUGAGCGCAAGCUCGAAGACUUGCUUGAGAAGGUGGAGGUGAUCCGCGUUGUCGUGCACAAGAAGACCGAGGCCCUGCUUACUGCGAACAAAGAUGGCCAGGGCUGGAUCUCCAGCCAAACACGGGACAUCAUCACCCUGGUGCGUGGCCUUGGCCCCUGCGUCUCUGAGACGAAACGUGUGGGCGAGGUUGUUGACCAGCUCAUGCAAAAAACUCUGAGGCUGGAGGAUGGCGUCUUUGCGGGACGCAGACAAUCGGACUCUGCACAACAGACGCUCCAGACGACAAGUGACACCAUGCAGAACGUGGAGCACCGAGUGAUGAGGAUUGAGGGGCUGGUCACGGGAAUCGUGGACCAGCACAACGAGCUGGAAGGACAAGUGCAGCGAGGAAACGAAGCCCUGCAGGACCAGGUUGGACAGACUCUGACAAGCAGUCAAGAGCUUGAGCGGAGGUCAACAACCUUCCUCGGCAACCUCUUCGGCUCCAAGUGGACCGUUGCCGUCACACGCAGCAGGAGCACCGACUACACUAGGAUCUUUUACAGCCAAGGUGAGCGAGCCCCACCACAGAAUUUUCUGAUUACGCCAGUUCCGGCGCCUCAGCCGCAGAGCGGCGAAGCGCUGAUCAACAGUCUAGGCAAUUUCCUGGCAGGUCAGCGCUGA